AUGCGAGGGUGUGCAAAAGGCAUCGGUGCUAUAUUUGCUGCUGAUGCCUCGAAUCAUGUAAGGGGGAAAUCCGUGAACGCGGAUGAGAGCUGCUUUGGUGUUUUUCAAAAUAUGCAUAUCAACCCUUUUCCCGUUCGCGCCGCUAUUGACAUUGGUACUGGUGGAAUGAUUACCAUGGUGGUUGCUCGCGUUGACGCCGCAGCCAACGCCGUGCGCAAUUUCAUGUAUCAGACGCAGCUACCGUUACACCUGGAAUCUGUAGCCGCAGGGUUGGGCGACUCAUCAUCGUUCGUUCUUUCCGAAGCAACUCGAGCGGACAUACGCAAUAAAAUGCGUGUGUUUCACGGUGCACUCCGUCGUGAUAAUUAUGAUGGUCUUAGCGAACGUGCCGCUGUUAUGUCGUGGCCGCUGUGCGAAGCCGCUGAUGCACUGGCGUUAGCUGAGGACCUAACGCGUGAGUUUAAGGUGGAUGUGCGUGUUCUGGGGAAAACGUUUAAUGUAAGUAUGCCGUUCUGUGGUUCAGUUGGGUUAUCAGCUAAUGCGAGCCAGGAAUCAAUGGAGGUUGACGUGCGGCGGGGUAGGCGCUGUUCUAAUGCCUGCACCACUGCUGUUACUGGCGGCAGUGAAAGCGGUUCUGUUCAGUCUUUCUUGCAUCAUACUAAUCGUCGUCGGAAGGAAAGGCAAGCGAAAUUAGAUUCACAGCGAGAGGUGCGUACUGUUACUGAUGGUGAUCGUGUGCCCAAUGUACCGGCAGCUCAGCAGAUGGAGCAGUUGGCCUUCCUUGCGCACGCCGCUGUGAGCAAGUGUGUUGCUCCGCAACGCUUGCUCAUUCUUGCGGAGGAUUGUCAUAAAGGAAUAUGUGUGCUAGGCGCAGAUACAGCUGAACCCGAAGAAGUAACCGACGACGAGACGGCGGCUAACACUAAAGGUAUCAACAAUAAUAGCAAGGAUGCCGUUACGCACCAAGGAGUUGGGUCACCCACUGGAUUACUUGUACAUGCGUUGCCGGUCGAUUUAGCGAUGGCACACCGACUAUUGGUUACGACGGUGCAACGUCGGUCGCAAACUACGGAUGAAGGCGCCAACCAACGAAGCCCCAACCCUGUUCUUCGUGAGGAGUUUAGGAGGUUGCGCUGUCUGUUGGAGGAGGCAAUGCACCACACAUUGCCUCAGUGGGUUCUUGAUAAGUCAAACACUGGUGGGGUCAUAUGUGGGUCAAGUUUUAACGGUGGCGUGCUAAACGUCGCUGCACGAAUAGCCCAGCGGUCUAGUGUCUCAUUGGAUCACCUCGAGACGCAUGCGGAGAUGCACUAUUGUGGUUUAACGGAUGUUCUGAUGUCAGUCAACUAUCCUAACGCGGCGACGGUAAUACCCUGUGCUGCGCUGGCCAGUGCAUUGUUACGGUCAUUAGAUGCACAGCGGUUUGAAUAUCUACCCGAGGUUCAUAUUCCUGCUGCUCUCCUCCUUCAGCCCUCACUGUGGACGUACACAAGGCGUGAUCAGGUACGGAAGGCAUUGAAGCAAAAACCAUUUUACGCGGCCGGGAGCCUGCGGCGCACAUUUCAGCGUCCCCACGCACGUGAAAAUCCAACAGCUGCUCCAACGGCUUCGUGGCAGAAGAACAAGGAGUGGAAUGCACUCUCAUACGACAAUAGCACGAAAGGUACUUGA